AGGAACACCAGUUCGGCCCAUGAACAGUCCAACCUACUUUGGUUGGGAUGGUCGUCCAACAUCCCUCCUAUCAUCAGCCAUGAUCUUGACAGACCCUCCCCAAUUCGGUAUUCCCCGGGCCAGGCAGAAAUGUCAUGAUGCAAAUCAGUGGAGAGGAAGCGUGCUCCGCCCCCUCCCUCUGCCUGAUGACCGCGCGUCUCGAUGACAGACUGAAUGAACGGAGGGUUCCACACCCAUCAUCAUAUCGUUGCAUCUGCUUUCCGAUCUCCCGAACUCUAGACUUUCUGGGAAUUCACCUGUGAGGAGCCUGGUGCAAAGAAGAACGACAUAUAAGUAUACCGUACGGUUGAGUCUCUCUUUCAACAAGUUUGGCGCUCUCUUUUCCACUCCUACCUCUUUCUCAACCGCCAUCGCACGCUUUCGCGUUUUUGCAACAGAAAGAAGAAAACGUAUCGUUUUGAGCAGACUGAGUAAUAAUCUCCUCUCAAACAUCAUGCGCUUCCUCUCUACUGUUAGCCAGCUUCUUCUCGCCGGAGUGGCUGUCGCUCAGGGCUCCUCCGGGAACUGCUCGCCGUCCUCCUCCGAUGUCCAGGUCGUCGAAUAUGGUUAUGCGCUGUCGUACUUCCUCGACAGGUACUACAACCAGGUCGCCCUCAACCAGACCUUCCUGAUGAGCGCCACCAACGACUCAGAUGCUGAGUACUACCCCAACUUCCAGGGCAUUCAGCGCCUCAAUCGCCUGGGCGUGCGUGCCGUCCAGCAACUGGGGUCCAGGAUAUCCGGCUUCACUGCCCCCAACUGCAGCUUCACCUUCCCCUCCGCCAGCGGCGGCGAUGAAUUUGUUAAGAACGCACUGACCCUCGAGUCCACGGUCGCCGGAGCCUACAUUGCCUUGGCUGGCUACACCCAGGCCCCCGAGGUCUCCUUCCUUUGGGCUCGCCUGGCUGCGGAGCACACGGCUCAUGCCUACUACCUUGCCAGCAACCAGCAGGACGUCCUUUUCCCGGCCAAUAGCUCUGGACUUGUCCCCGCCUACAGCCCGGCCUUUGUACUGUCCACCGACAGCCAGAAGGGCAAUAUGGGCCGCUACCUCGGUAACUGUGUGACUGCUCCCCCAGCACCAUGCGGUCAGACCUUGUUCAUCGGCCCUCUAGGCGCCACCCUGGCUGCCAAUGUCUCGGCCAGCGCUGCUGCCUCCAGCUCGGCCUCGCUUUCCGCUUCGGCUACCCCAUCUCCCAGCUGGGCGAAGAGAGCUCUCUUCUAAGGUGCUACGUCCCCGAGAUCGCCGCCUGUGUUUAUGCUGUCCGCAAGGACAAUCGAUGGAUUUUGUUGAAGAUGACGUUUUGAGAAAAGAAGGGCGAAUUAAUUUG